UAUGCCUCAGUAUAUAGUGUGUGUGAUAACGAACAAUCCAAGAGAAUACAUGUUAAAUGAGACGUCAUUCAGCAAGCGUCAGACUCAAUAAGCAGGAGAAUACAAGAAAACAGGUGAUGGGACUGAGGACAUUAUAUAUACUGCUACGACCUUUUACUGCAUUAAAUCUUUCAACGCAAGGUUACAGCACACACCCUCUUCAGUGAUAAGCCUCAGCAUGCCUUGUAUUUCUCUUCCAAUGCUCUAAUCAUUAACCUGGAGACAUAUCUGAAAGAGGAAGUAUGUGUAGAAAAAACACUUUAAGAAGACGGUAAGGAGUCGAGGGGAGCUGAUGAACAGCAGCAAGUCUUUUGAGUGUGAUGCAGAAAUGGGGUUCAGGAUGUUGCAUGUACUGCUGUGGCUUCUAACUGUUUUUACUUUCACUGGACAAGCAUCCGUGAGAUUAACUGUGACUCCCAACAUCACUGCAGAAUGUGGCAAACCAGUUACCUUAACCUGCAAUGCAUCCUCUCUGGAUGGACUGCGAAUUAUGUAUAUGGAGUGGUCCCAAAACGAAACAUACUGUUCUGUGGACAGUGAGGGAAAUCCAAAUAAACCUCAUACACAAAAGGAUUUCAGUUGUGAGUAUAAAGAAGGCUUGCUGUCCAUCACCUUUAAAAAGGUGCAACCUCUACAGAGCAAAAAUCCCUUCAGAUGCAAACUUCGCUCCAACCGGGGAUCAACACAUCGGUAUACAAGAAUGGAGCUGCAAGAGUGCUAUGGGAGUGUUGAAGCUGCUCAGACUGCAGACGGUCCCAGCUGUACCUUCAAACAGGUCUACCCAGAUGGAGACGUUCACUGGUUUCACGGCUCCCACAACCUGUCGGACGGGUCUCUGAGCCGCGUCACAAAACGUGUGGAUAAAGGGGGUUGGCUAACCAUCCAAAGCUACCUGGACAAGGAGGGUUCAGCCAUUCCUUAUAACUGUUCAUUGAAGAGCAUCAUGUCUGAUAGGUACAUGACAAGCAGCUUGGUUUGGAAACAACCACAGGGGCGAUCUCGCUUUGGGAAUGCAGCUUCGGCACUGGCACCUUUAUGGACCUCUUUGUGUUUUACAGUCUUUCUAGCUUUCACGCUUGCAAAAUACAUUUUCUGGACUGAGUAAAACAUCAGAGUGGCUUUAUGAUUAAGAACAAAGAGGUACUAAGAUAAAGGGGUUUUAUUUCCCUCUGAAGAGAUUUUUAAGUUACAGAAGUGAGUCAUCGGUCAUGGUCCAAAGGUUUAUUCUUCUUUUUGGCCUCGGUUCAGGUAACAAGUAAAUUACGACAGAGAGGUGAUAACAAGAGAGCUGAUAAUCUUAAAAAAUACCUUUGUUUUUUUGUUUUUGAUAGAGUCAUGGAUGGGAGAGCAGGGUAUAUUGCUUUCAUUAUCCUCCCCUAGAAAAUAACGACAACAAAAAAAAACAACUUCACAUACACACAAACAACACUUUCACACAACUGUAUGAGUUCAAUUAUUACACCUCUAGCUGUAGUAUUUUCAGGACUGUUUAUUUCAGAAACAGAGGUCAUUUCUGCUGGAGGGUGUGUCCACCAUCUGUCCAUGAUUGUCACUGUUUUGUGAAAAUGCUCUUCCUGUAAAUGACUCAUAGAAAAAGCUCUCUAUCUCAGACAAAAUGCAGAUUUUAGAAGAUGAAAAAA